GGCGGGGCUCCCCGAGAAUCCCGCCUACAAAGAGGCGGGUCGUACCUGGAACCCCGCCCUCCCUGAGGCGGGGCCUGUGGCGCGCGGGAAGAAGCGUAAGCGGCGGCGGGAGCUGGCUGUGCAGCCGACCGACCGCGUCCCUGCAGCUUUCCUCUGACUUUGGGUAAAGAACGGUGCCCGACGGAUUUGUGUUGCUCCAUCAAGACUCGGGAGGAUGAAAGUCAUUACCUGCGAAAUAGCCUGGCACAACAAGGAGCCGGUGUAUAGCCUGGACUUCCAGCAUGGCACCGCCGGGAGGAUCCACAGACUGGCGUCGGCCGGUGUAGACACGGCGGUUAGGAUCUGGAAGGUGGAAAAAGGACCCGAUGGAAAGGCCAUUGUUGAAUUUUUGUCCAAUCUUGCCCGCCAUACCAAAGCUGUCAAUGUCGUGCGUUUUUCUCCGAAUGGGGAAAUUUUAGCAUCAGGAGGAGAUGAUGCCGUCAUCCUGUUGUGGAAGGUGAAUGAUAAUAAGGAGCCAGAACAGAUUGCUUUUCAGGAUGAUGAUGAGGCCCAGCUGAACAAGGAGAAUUGGACUGUCGUAAAAACCCUGAGAGGCCACUUGGAAGAUGUGUACGAUAUUUGCUGGGCAACUGACGGGAAUCUAAUGGCUUCUGCCUCUGUGGAUAACACGGCCAUCAUAUGGGAUGUCAGUAAAGGACAGAAGAUCUCUAUCUUUAAUGAACAUAAAAGUUACGUCCAAGGAGUAACCUGGGACCCCUUGGGUCAGUAUGUUGCCACCCUGAGCUGUGACAGGAUCCUCAGGGUGUACAGCACCCAGAAGAAACGUGUGGCUUUUAAUGUCUCAAAGAUGCUGUCUGGAAUAGGGGCCGAAGGAGAGGUCCGAAGUUACCGGAUGUUUCACGACGACAGCAUGAAGUCAUUCUUCCGUAGACUCAGUUUUACCCCUGAUGGGUCUUUGCUCCUCACACCAGCUGGAUGUGUGGAGUCUGGAGAAAAUGUAACAAAUACCACCUAUGUUUUCUCCAGGAAGAAUCUUAAAAGGCCCAUCGCUCACCUUCCCUGUCCUGGCAAAGCGACGCUUGCAGUUCGCUGCUGUCCUGUCUACUUUGAGUUGAGGCCGGUGGUGGAAACAGACAGAGCGUCACAGGAGCCGGGCACGGAGCUCGUGCACCUGCCCUACCGCCUGGUGUUUGCUGUGGCUUCUGAAGACUCUGUGCUCUUGUAUGACACCCAGCAGCCGUUCCCUUUUGGCUACGUGUCUAACAUACAUUACCACACCCUGAGUGAUGUCUCCUGGUCCAGCGAUGGGGCCUUCCUGGCCAUUUCUUCCACGGAUGGCUACUGUUCGUUUGUGACAUUCGAGAAGGAUGAACUUGGAACGCCUUUGAAAGAGAAGCCGGUUUUAAGCGUGGGAACUCCCGAUACAGCAAAGAAAACGAAGAGUCAGCCACACCAGGGGUCUUCGCCAGGCCCCAGGCUAGUAGAGGGGACCCCCAGCAGCCCCUGCACACCCCCGCCUCAGGCAAGACCAUCUCCAGCCCCAGCAGCGCCUUCCGAGGAGAAGAAGGCCCUGCAGCCCAGCACGCAGAAUCCCAAAGCACCCCCAUCCCGGAGGGUCACUCUGAACACGCUGCAGGCCUGGAGCAAGACAACACCCCGGAGGAUAAAUUUACUACCCUUAAAGACAGAGACUCCACCAAAUUCUGUACCAAUUAGUAUAAUCUCCACCCCUUCCACAGAAGAAACUGAACCAGGGACGCCCGGGGACCCUCAGGACAGUCCUCCGGAGCCCAAGCGGCCUCGGCUUGGUGAACACAAAGGAAGUUCCCAAGGUCUGGAGCCUUGAGGAGAUCUGUCUGCUGCUCGAAGGCUGCCAGGUCUGGGGACCCCCGUGCACAGAGAGGGGGGGCUAGGCCGGGGACACCGGAGACCAGUGGCAAUAGGCGGAGCCUGAUGGAUACUCGUGAAUUGUUUACUGUAACAGAAGAUACACAUGGACCAGUUUUUCUCCAGAACUAUGUUUGCACUUGUAUUCAAGACACAUGCUUACCUCGGAGCAGUGAACGUUUUCAUAGACCGGAUCUUCUUUUGAGUUUCUGAAACUGGAGCGGUUCAGCCUUGUCUAGUGCGGAACAGGGAGCCCGUCCUUGAAACACUUACAGGGAAAGUGCAGACGCUUUGCGAGCAGACCCUUCCCAAAGCUGGCAUGAGAGAGGAGAAAGUUAUUUGAGAAGGUUUAUUCUGCUGAUGUUCCCUUCUGAAUAGUUGGUUUUUAGGAGUUAGUUUCCUGACUGUAAAGGUAAUAAAAAUGCUCGUGCUGGAAAGCUGGCGAGAAUAAAGUAGGAAAAACGGGUCCGAGAUGGGACUCUGCCACCCUCUUCCUGCUGGAAGGAACCGUGUUGCUAUGUUGGCAUAUUUAUUUCCUUUUUUUUUUUCCCCAGGGAGAGAGUGGAGAUUUCCCUUUAGAGUUUGGUAUCCAAAUAGGUUAACUUUUCAGAUUGAUUUUUCAGAAUAAAAGAACUUUUCCUGAGCA